UAUGCAUAUGUGAGUCCCCUCUCUCCUUACCAAUGUUGUUGAGUUUGCGGCAAGGGUUCACUUAUUGUAGAGCUUAUUUACAUAAAGUUGGCCAUCCAGCUACAUUACUGAGAUGCUAUACAGUAAAUAAAACCACAGGAGCACUUAGAAUUAUUAUAGCAUCUUCACCUUAGAAGAAACACUGUAACUUUAUGUGCAACUCAGGGAGCAUUCUGUUUGGGACAGCCAACAAGUUUAUAUAACAUCAAUAUAUUCAGGUCCCUGAAUAUAAAGGUGCAACACAUGUGAUCGUGCAUCUGUCAUUAACCCUAAUAAAAUCCAGUGGUUUUGAGGUAGCAAUUCCAAGAGAGCUUCAAGAAAGACAGAAAAUAAUCAUCAAACAAAUUAAAUGCUUAUCACUUAAUCUGCUUGGAAUCCUGAAAAAAUAAAAUGAUGCUGUUGUCAAUAGGAAGCUUUAGAGCAUUCACUUCCUUCCACAGCUGGCUAACUAGACUAGUAGUACCUCCUCCCCAAAUGCCCUAUUUCAUUUUCCUUGUUUUAUUGCUUUCAUAGUUUUAUUUCUCUCUGACACCCUACAAUGUGUAGAUUUGUUCAUUUUGCUUUUGAAUGUUGUUUUCCUCAUAGAAUGUAAGUUCCAAAAGAGUAGGAAUUUUAUUGAUGUUUUUCCUUUCCUUUCUUUAGUGUCUGGGAUGACAGUGCCUGGCCCAGAAUAAGUUCUCAAAGUAGGUUGGGACACUUGAAAAUCUCAUUGUACAACAUGCUGCGAUUAAAUCUCUCACCCACGUUUUCACUGGGGUUUCAUCUGCUAGCUAUGAUGGCUCUCCUAAUUUCCCAUGUGGAUCAUAUAACUGCUGAGACAGAAAUGGUGGAAGAAGGAAAUGAAACCGGUGAAUGUACUGGCUCCUAUUACUGUAAGAAAGGGGUGAUUUUGCCCAUUUGGGAGCCCCAAGACCCUUCUUUUGGGGACAAAAUUGCUAGAGCAACUGUGUAUUUUGUGGCCAUGGUCUACAUGUUUCUUGGCGUCUCUAUCAUAGCUGACAGGUUCAUGUCCUCCAUCGAAGUCAUCACAUCGCAAGAAAAAGAAAUAACCAUAAAGAAACCCAAUGGAGAGACCACCAAGACAACUGUGAGGAUCUGGAAUGAGACCGUGUCUAACCUGACCUUGAUGGCCCUGGGAUCCUCUGCUCCUGAAAUUCUCCUUUCAGUAAUUGAAGUGUGUGGCCAUAACUUCACUGCAGGAGACCUUGGUCCUAGCACCAUUGUGGGAAGCGCUGCCUUCAACAUGUUUAUCAUCAUUGCCCUUUGUGUUUAUGUGGUCCCUGAUGGAGAAACAAGGAAGAUUAAGCAUUUGCGUGUGUUCUUUGUGACAGCAGCCUGGAGCAUCUUUGCCUAUACCUGGCUUUAUAUCAUUUUGUCUGUCAUUUCUCCUGGAGUUGUGGAGGUCUGGGAAGGUUUGCUUACUUUCUUUUUCUUCCCCAUCUGUGUUGUGUUCGCAUGGGUAGCAGACAGGAGACUUCUGUUUUACAAGUAUGUCUACAAGCGCUAUCGGGCUGGCAAACAGAGGGGAAUGAUUAUAGAACAUGAAGGUGACAGGCCAUCUUCCAAAACUGAAAUCGAAAUGGAUGGGAAAGUAGUCAACUCUCACGUUGAAAAUUUCUUAGAUGGUGCUCUGGUUCUGGAGGUUGAUGAGAGGGACCAAGAUGAUGAAGAAGCUAGGAGAGAAAUGGCAAGGAUUCUGAAGGAACUUAAGCAGAAGCACCCAGAGAAGGAAAUAGAGCAAUUAAUAGAAUUAGCUAACUACCAAGUCUUAAGUCAGCAGCAAAAGAGUAGAGCAUUUUACCGAAUUCAAGCUACUCGCCUGAUGACUGGCGCUGGCAAUAUUUUAAAGAGGCAUGCAGCUGACCAAGCUAGGAAGGCUGUCAGUAUGCAUGAGGUCAACACAGAAGUGGCUGACAAUGACCCCGUUAGUAAGAUCUUCUUUGAGCAAGGGACAUACCAGUGUCUGGAGAACUGUGGUACAGUGGCCCUGACCAUUAUCCGUAGAGGUGGCGAUCUGACCAACACUGUGUUUGUUGACUUCAGAACAGAGGAUGGCACAGCCAAUGCCGGGUCUGAUUAUGAAUUUACUGAAGGAACUGUGGUCUUUAAACCUGGUGAGACACAAAAGGAAAUCAGAGUUGGCAUCAUUGAUGAUGAUAUCUUUGAGGAGGAUGAAAAUUUCCUUGUGCAUCUGAGCAAUGUCAAAGUAUCUUCUGAGGCUUCAGAAGAUGGCAUACUGGAAGCCAACCAUGUUUCUACCCUUGCUUGCCUUGGAUCACCCUGCACUGCCACUGUUACUAUUUUUGAUGAUGACCAUGCAGGCAUCUUUACUUUUGAGGAACCCGUGACCCACGUGAGUGAAAGCAUUGGCAUCAUGGAGGUGAAAGUAUUGAGAACAUCUGGAGCUCGAGGAAAUGUUAUUGUUCCCUAUAAAACCAUCGAAGGAACUGCCAGAGGUGGAGGGGAGGACUUUGAGGACACCUGUGGAGAGCUCGAAUUCCAGAACGAUGAAAUUGUCAAAACAGUAUCAGUCAAGGUAAUUGAUGAUGAGGAGUAUGAGAAAAACAAGACCUUCUUCCUUGAGAUCGGAGAGCCCCGCCUGGUGGAGAUGAGUGAGAAGAAAGCCCUGCUAUUGAAUGAGCUUGGUGGCUUCACAAUAACAGGAGAAUAUCUGUAUGGCCAACCUGUCUUCAGGAAAGUUCAUGCUAGAGAACAUCCGAUUCCCUCUACUGUAAUCACCAUUGCAGAUGAAUAUGAUGACAAACAGCCGCUAACCAGCAAAGAGGAAGAGGAGAGGCGCAUUGCAGAACUGGGGCGCCCCAUCCUGGGAGAACACACCAAGCUGGAAGUGAUCAUUGAGGAGUCCUAUGAAUUCAAGAGUACGGUGGACAAACUCAUUAAGAAGACAAACCUGGCCCUUGUGGUGGGUACCAACAGCUGGAGAGAACAGUUCAUUGAGGCUAUCACUGUCAGUGCUGGGGAAGAUGAUGACGACGAUGAAUGUGGGGAGGAGAAGUUGCCCUCCUGUUUUGAUUAUGUGAUGCACUUUCUGACUGUCUUCUGGAAGGUCCUGUUUGCCUUCGUACCCCCUACAGAAUACUGGAAUGGCUGGGCAUGUUUCAUUGUCUCCAUUCUCAUGAUUGGCCUACUGACAGCUUUCAUUGGAGACCUGGCUUCCCACUUUGGCUGCACCAUUGGCCUAAAAGACUCCGUGACUGCUGUUGUGUUCGUCGCACUGGGAACUUCAGUGCCAGACACAUUUGCCAGCAAAGUGGCAGCCACCCAGGACCAGUAUGCAGACGCAUCCAUAGGUAACGUCACAGGCAGCAACGCGGUGAACGUCUUCCUGGGGAUCGGCGUGGCCUGGUCCAUUGCUGCCAUCUACCAUGCAGCCAAUGGGGAACAGUUCAAAGUGUCCCCUGGCACAUUAGCUUUCUCUGUCACUCUCUUCACCAUUUUCGCUUUCAUCAAUGUGGGGGUGCUGCUGUAUCGGCGGAGGCCAGAAAUCGGAGGUGAGCUGGGUGGGCCCCGGACUGCCAAGCUCCUCACAUCCUCCCUCUUUGUGCUCCUAUGGCUCUUGUACAUUUUCUUCUCUUCCCUGGAGGCCUACUGCCACAUAAAAGGCUUCUAAAGGAACAAUCAGAUAUAGUAAAUUUAUAUAUAUACAUAUAUAUAUAUACAUAAAAAUUAUGUAUAACGAACAGAGGAGACUGACAUUUGUCACGUUCACUUACCUGCUGAUGGAAUCCAGCUUCAAGAGCAUACUUUGUACUAGGGCCGAAGUCAGAAACCAUCACUUCCCAUUCCCAGGGCAUCGUCAUGUUGAACAAGACACAGAGGCAGGGCCAUCUCCACAGCUCAGCCAAGAAGGGCUGUCCUCUCUCCAGGUUCACAAAUGGUGAAGGCUUUGAUUUGUUUUCUUGUUUUUGACUUUACUUUCAGUGGGGUUGGGGAGGUAGCUGAUAUUUGGCUUUCUGUUCUUUGUUUUUUGUCUUUUGUUUUGUCCGUAGGGUCAGGGUUUUCACUCCCCCUCUGUGGGAGGUGAUGACCCAUCCAAAUGUAAAAGGGUUUGGGGUUAAAAAAUCGAAAUCAUGAAGAUGCCCCUCACCUCCCCCCAAACAUUUUAAAAAUUACUUUGGAUUAAGAAAGGAUCUGGGCAUGGAAGAAGAAAGAAGCGCAUCUUCACUUAUUACCAAAUUUCAUGCUCAUCUCCUGAAGGUGAACAAAGGUGAAGCUGCCUCAAAAAAGCAUGGAAGCUGGAAUGAGCCAGGAAAAGUGAUGUUUCUACACACGGGCUAAUAUUUAGGGAUAUGGUGCCUGGCACUAUUGUUCGACAGGUACAGGGGUAACGUGCCUAGAUUCCCAAGAACAUGCAAAAUCCUGUUUUUCUUAUCUCUUCAGCUCUGGACUGUGAUUAGCAAAGCCCUUAUCUGUUCCAGCACAGCUAAACCCCAAGAGUCCCAUCCCGACACUCUUCCUCCCCCCCCCAUACAAACCGGAAGGAUACUCCCAUCCUAAAAGCACACCAUCCCUUUCCAUCUGCAUCAGUAUGUGCCCAGCCCCAUGUUGCUGUCGCCUGGGAUUGUUCGUCAGUUUUGUUUUCCAAAGCAUCCAUGGCUUGCACAAUCCUGUUCCAGUCAUGACUGAACAUUUGCUCCUUUUCAUGUGCCUGUUUGGGAAUGUUGACGUGAUACCUGUUACACAGUGCAUGGAUGAAAAACAAAUAAAACAAAACAAAGCAUAUCUGUAUAUAGUAGAGAGUAGAGCAUAUACUGUUCUCCCAUUCAGCAAUGUUGAUUGGACAUUGAAGACAUAAGUGAGCUUUCUUUUCACCUGAAUUGUUACUUUGUGUUGUUCCUUAGUUUGAUUAAUACUAGGGAUAGAAGAAGAAAAUGGCUUAUUGUUCAUGAAUCUGCACAUUCAUUUCUAAGAAGCAAUAACUGUCCUGUGGAGAGAAGUGAAAGUUAUUGAGAGGAUAACAGGCAAACUCAAAGAUCUUCAUGGAAAGUUAGCCCGGUGGAACACAUCAGAGGCCUCUUAAGUCACCCACUCAUUCAGGAAGGCCAGAGAGAAGGCGCUGGAGAGGAGUGUGUGCGCUGUGUGCCUGGGCUUUUGGGGCCACCGUUUCCACAUCACCCCUUCCCCCAAAGUAUUUAAUUGCACGUCUGCUCUGUCCAGUACAGGUGAUAGAUUGUGCCAGUUUGUUUGUUUUAUUGUUUUUUAUGUAAAAGGCUAUUUUGAGCACAGUUUCUCUCAUCAUUCAGUCCAGACCCCACCGAGUGUAUCAGUGGUUCCCGAGUAGGCAAGAAGCCAGGGUGACUGAUGGGCCUUUGAAAGUUUGUCCCUCUACUUAUGACUGAAGAGAACCCUUUAAAAGGAAUGGCUCUUUCUGUUUCAAAAGACCAAAGAGCAUGGGUAAACCUAACAUUCCACAAUUGUGAUUCCACUAAUGAGGAAAAAUGGAAUGACUUUGCUCCCCUGUCAGAGACUUCACUGUCUCCGCAGAAUCUCAGGUUGAAGACAUCUCUGGCCCUCUGUAUUGAUUCAGAGAUACUUAAGAAAGAAAGACUGCUGAGCCUUUUUUCUCUUCUUAGUAAUCUCUCUCUUAGUAAUCAUGACUAUUCAUUUCAUAAACAUUUAACUGAAGGCUGAUUGCACACUCAAUAUGCCACGUAGUAUGCUGCUUCCUGGGGACGAAAUCAUGACCAAGACAGCCCAGACGCCUGUCCUCGGGGGUAUACAGUGAAUGUGAUUGCUAUUUCAUGUGUGAAAGCAGAGACAGCCAUAUUGAAAUAGUUUAUCUUGCAAGGAAAAAAAUUAUGAAACUAUUUUAACAUAAACACAUUAAAACUGUACAAAGAAAAUUGCCCAAAUAGCUGAGAGUUUCUUUAAGCAAACGCUGGGUUUGGAAAUAACACCUUCUGUGUCCUUGGCCAACUCGCAGAUAUGUACUACUACCCGCUGUAAACCUAGAAGGGCAAUCGCUCUCAGUAACCUGCAUCACUAAGAAGGCCCAGUUAGCCCAUUUUUAUUUUUGUGGCAACAGUAGUUUUCCAUGAGCUCCCCCUGACCUGUCAUGACCCACUGAUACCAGUGACUACAUUAGAUAGGGGUGCAUUCUAGUCCAUGCCCCCCAUUUCUGAAGAUUAAAAAAAUGGAAAGCUAGCCUAGAAACACCAAGUAAAUAUAAUCAAGGGAUAUAAGUUGUUUAAACAUUAGAAAGAUUUUGCACUCAUUUUUAGCCACUUUUGGAAUAUAAUAAUCCCAUAGCAAAUCUUCACAGGAGACUUUCAGAAAUUCUUGCUGUUGGUCAAUUUCAAUUUCAAAGCUUUUUGAUUUGUUUGCCUUUUCAGUUUUCAUGCUAUAGGGAAAAUAUGAUUCUGAUUGUUCAGGGUUGUUAUUAAUUAUUAUAGUUGUGUAAAAUUGUUUCAUUUUAUUGUUUGAUUAUUUUAUUUGGUGUGUAUUGUGCACAGCUUUAGGGGGAAGUGCACUAAUUGUGCUGUCCCUUAUAAAUGGUACACAUUAUUGACACAGACAAAUAAAGUUUCUAAUUGUUUCUGACUUAAUCACUAGUGAUGCAGAAUAUUCUAUAUGGAUGUUUUCUCUCUUCUCAUUGUCAUCUACUCCAUUUUUUUGUUUUCAUGCUUUGAAAAAAUAAAGACCAAAAAGGUAUUACUGUGCAAUUGAUAUCCUGACCCAAAAGAAAGUAGACACCUGGUAUUCAAAUUCUUCCACACACCACUCCUCUGCUACCCAACAUAGUCUUUUUAAUGUCCCAAGAGAGCACAGAGCCAGAAUAUUUGUUUGUCUUACAAUCCUGAAAUAAAUGUUGGUGUUCCUCCA